AUGAGCAGUUCAAGCCUUUACGAGCCAGAGGAAGAUAAUGAAGCAUCUGACUCCGAUAUCGAGACGGGAAAUACGGAGUUCACAGAACCCCCCUCAUCUCCUCCGAGUCGCAGAACCAGAUUGUCUUCUCCUCCCCAGCUCGAUGGAAGGUCCUCAUCCAGGACGGCGCAGACGCGCCGAAGGGUCUCUCGAAUGCAAAUGCUGGAGCAUCUACAGGCGUCAUUGAGCAAGGAAUCAGUGGAAGCAUAUUCUAAUCUACUCACGCAAACGACUGGCGACUACACAUCCGUCGAAUCGAAGCCCGACAGCGGAAACUACCAAUCUACCCAAGCCGGAAUCGUGUCUUGGGCGCCGAAAGAGAAGGAAAUACUCUUCAACGUCCUUGACAGAAAAGGGAGGGAUGGUAUCCGCGAUAUAGCUAGUGCGAUUGGUACGAAAUCCGAGCUGGAGGUCCAGGAAUAUCUCAGACUCUUGCAUAGGCGACUAGAAUGGCAGCAUAGGAAAGAACAGCACAGCAGAACAAUCGUCCUAGGCGAUGUGCCCGCGGCGGAGGAAGUAAGCAGCGAAUGCUGCGACGUCCUUGAUGAGUACUCUAAGCUACUGGUGCUCAAAGAGCAGCAAGAUGAAGAUGUUGCCGGAAGAGAGACACAUCAUGAUCUGUGGAUAAUCGAUCGAGAAAAAGCAGAACUAGUAGAAGAACUAGAGUCGCAGGAUCAAAAAUCCCCACCCGGCUCAAGUGUUUACCACACGGCCAGUCUACUCAACAUCCCGAGGUGGAUCCGGCUCUCCGAGCGUUUGUUCAUGAAUUUUGGGGGCGCAAGGCUAGAAGAUAACUGGGUGAACAUAGCUUACGCGGGCGAAGCACCAGCGAUAACUGCUGACGCGUUAGCUGAUUUCUACACUCUCACCGUAAGCGUGACGCGCCGUUUGAUUCAGUCAGCCCUAUUUUUUGCCAUGUCAAGGCUGCGCAACAUGAGAGAGACGGGUAAUAGCAAGGCCAAGGUAGUCAAACCGCGAGAUGUUAGGACCGCGCUGGACGUGAUGCAAAUGAAACGAGACGGAUUUGACUACUGGACUGGGGUAGCACGGCGGUGCUGUUUGGAUGUUUCUGAUUCUCGACAUCGAAAAGGAUGGAAAUCCGUUCGCCUGAGCCAUGACGAGGUAGAAGAUAUGUUGUCCAAUAGGAUACCCAUCGAUGCAGAAUCGAAUCGGAGCACGUCCAGGCAAAGGUCAGAAAGCAGGAUGCAAGGGAACACAGAUGAUGAACACACAGACAGCGAUGAGGAUAAUGCAAGUGACAGUGAGAGCGAGUUCAAGCCCGAACGCUCUCCAGUCCCAUCCGCACCUUUAUCAGCAGAAGUCUCCAGCGAUGAAGAUGAACUCCCAUCGGACUCCGAAAAUCAACACGCAGAGCAAGAAGACCAAAGAGCCAGUUGCCUUGGAGAGUUAGAACUUUGGAAAGCUUUGGAACGGCCAGCGCCGGCUUUUCUCAUUCCCGUCAAAGAAGAUCAGGAUAAUAAAAUACGCAAGCCGGUAGGAGAGCGCAAAACACAACAAGAGCUUACAAGUUGGCGUGAAAGGACACUGUAUCGAAGUGAUUGGGAGGAGUAUGGUCACGAAGUUUAUGAUAUUUAUGAGGAGAUAUCGGAAAAGCGACGAAAACGAAGGCGCCUUGACGAUUCCCGGGAUUCUUCACCUGUCUCGGUCAAUGGUGAAAACAACCAAACAGAUGGACUCAGAAUUGAACCAACAGCUGGUGAAUACGAUGAGGAUGUAAGCCGGAGUGAAGACGAAGACAUAGAAAUGAGCGAAUCAACAGCUCCAGGCCAAAAUGCCACCACCGCCCAAGAUGAAGAAGAUCCUACAGAGGAGCGCGAUUCAGGUCCUGAAAUUAACAAUACCCAACGCAAACAAACAAUCCUCAGCCCCAAUACAAACCAGAAACAAGCAAAUGAAUUAGACUCGCCCGUACCCGCCAACACAACCCCCGGGCACCGAUCACCUAUACUAACCCGUCGGAGGCGCAUACAAGCCGAGCUCAAACAGGACGAAGCAAGCUCCUCUUCUGGCUCCGAUGACGACCUUCCUGCACCCAGGGAAUUUUCGUCCUCAGUACAGGACGACAGGGACGGCAUGCCGUUGUAUUCACAGCCGAUGAGUCCGGCUGACUGGCCUAGCGAUUGA